AUGACGGGAGUACUGGUGAACAACCAUUCGGUUCCUCAUCUCAUACACAGUGGUUUCUAUGAAUUCAUUUGUGUGGGACUCAACACAGCCCCUUCCAAAGAAUUUUUGAAAGAUUGCUUUAAGAAAUCCGAUGUGAGCGCCUACACCAAAGUGGACCUGGCUAAUGAUGAACGCAAGCUUAUGUUAAUAGGGUAUUGCGAUCACAAAUAUAGGUUAAGCAAGUUGGAAAACAAAACUGAGCAGGAGAUAUAUCAUACGUGUCUUAUGAAUAUUUUCAAGAAGUAAGAUCAAUGAUAAUUAACCUGAACAAAC